ACGCCAAUAUUACAAGGCAAGACCCCGCCGACCUAUAGCUUCUUCGCCGGAGAGACCGACCUUCUUAAAUUCUCUAUAUAUAUAUAAAUGGCUUGCCGUCUUCUAAACCCUUCUUCGUCGCCGUCGCUGGUUUAGGCUUCUCGUUGCUCUAGCAUUCUUCUACCCUUACCUUGCCGCCAUCCAUCUGAAAAACAAAAGUCAUUAAGGUACACGUACUGGAGAGAAAGACCGUGACUUUUUCUUGUCUGUUUACUUUUUAUCAAGGCACCAAAGAUGAAAUCAUGUCAGCCCGCUUAUUUCGACGCUGUUGAUGUGUUGCCAUCUGUAGGACUGCUAGAGAUUUAAACGUGUUAGCUGAGUUUCUGUUCAAGGUUUUAGGUUUAGCUUUGUUACUAGAUAGACAUGGAGUCCAACUUCGUCAAGGUAUUGGAUAGUAGUUUUAAAGAUGGACCUGGAAAAAAGAGAAAGCAUCCUGAUUACUGUGAUUCUGGAAGGUCAUUUGCAAAGCUGCAAUGUGUGCUCUCACCAACCGAAAAGCUUAAUAGUGGAAACAAAGUUAAUGCUUCUGAGAAUCUCUCUGGCAAGUCUCUGGUCAGAUACUACUCUUACUUCAAGAAGACAGGAGUGCCAAAGCGUGUGAUGUUCUAUGAGAACGGCGAAUGGACUGACUUGCCUGACCACGUUAUUUGCAGUAUCAAGAACGAUCUUGAAGCAAAGAGAGCUGUGACUGAGGUAAACUGGUCCGGACGCUGUUUUGUUCUUGAUUUCUUACACAUGCAUCGCCUAGACUUGGAAACAGGUGUGAGAACCCACCUCGCAUGGAUUGAUAUAGCUGGAAAAUGCUUUUUCCCCGAAGUUUAUGAAAAGGACUGUGAGGAAGAUCAAUGUGAGAUCAAGCUGCGCCUUGAAGUUGAUGUCAAUGGUGUUGUUCAGCCAUCUUUGAAUGAGUCGUCAGAGGAUAGCUGCAGCAGCAUUGGGACUAAUAUGUUCUCUGGCCUCAAGCCUGCUGAUGAAGAAGAAGUUGAUGUAGAAGCUGUCAAAGAAAAAUUUGUUUUGGGUAUGGCCACUCUAGAAGAUGUAGAAGCUGUCAAAGAAAAAAUUGUUUUGGGUAUGGCCACUCUAGAAGAUGUAGAGUUGCUUGAUGCGUAUCGUUUCUCAGGUGACAUCGCCAAAGCUCGUCAAUCUCUUUUUAACAAACAAGCUGACAUCACUAAGUCACGCCGAGGAGAUGCAAACAUUAGAUACGCAUGGGUUCCCGUUAAGAAGAAGCUCUUAUCUUCAGUCAUGAAGCAUGGACUUGGUGUGGGUGGAGAGUUCAUCAAAAAGUCUAAAUACGGUGUUGGGGUUCACUUAACCGCUGCAAACUGCCCGUACUUCAGUGCAACACAUUGUGAUAUUGAUGAAAACGGUGUGCGUCACAUGGUUUUGUGCCGUGUGAUAAUGGGGAACAUGGAGCCUCUUCGUGGUGAUAGAGCGCAGUUCUUUACUGGUGGAGAAGAGUAUGAUAAUGGAGUUGAUAAUGUUUUGAGUCCGAAGCAUUAUCUUGUCUGGAACAUGAAUGUGAACACUCAUGUUUAUCCAGAAUUUGUAGUUAGCUUCAAGCUGUUGUCUAUCCCCAAUGCUGAAGGGAAGUUGCUUUCUGAGAAUUUAGGGCUCACCUUGAAAAGAGCCAAAGGUUUUCUCUCGAAUGGGACAGGAAGGGUAACAAAUGGAAACAAGAGUGCCGGUUCUGCUUUGAUGCCUUACCCUCUGCUCUUCAAUGCAAUUUCAAGCAAAGUUGGUCAGGAAGAGAUGGACUUGAUCACUGCUGAUUACCAACAACUUAGGGAGAAGAAGAUUUCGAGAGAGGAAUUCUCGAGGAAGCUGAGGGUGAUUGUUGGAGAUGAUGAUCUGCUGAGAACCAUCAUAACAGCUCUUCAAAGCUUGUCAUCAAUGAAAAUGAAACCGGUCACAGGUGGCUAUUGUUGGAGAUGAUGACGACAUUUUGUUAUGGGAGAGGGAUUGGAAAAUGCGUCGACUUCUUUGUUCUAUCGUGAAACUUUAUGAUUAGGGAUUAGGAGGAGAAACAGCUAUCUUAAGAACAAUACUAAUAAUAUUGCUAUAAGUUAAAAUUUACUCUAUAAGUUUAAAGGUUCA